GUCAACAGAAAUCUUGGAGGAGCAAGGAGUGAUAAAUAGAUUACUGUCGAGAAAUAACUAUUUCUCUCGUAAAAUACUUAAAUAUCUUUGUUUCUUGAUGAUUUAGCAUUCAAAGCUUAUCCAAUACCUACUAGAUAAAUGUCAAAAUAAUAGGCAAUAAAAUAUACCAAAGUUCGUUCAAGUAUAUAUGUUAUUGAGCAACAAGAUGACAAAGCAUGGAACAAAGGUGCCUUGUACAACAUAGGAGCAAAGCAGGCGAUAGCAGACAAAUUUCCUUGCCUCAUUCUCCACGAUGUGGACCUCCUGCCCCUGGACGUUGGCAACUUGUAUGCAUGUCUGCGCGAACCUCGCCACAUGAGUGCGAGCAUUGACAUAUUUAGAUAUGUGUUAACAUACGAUUACCUGGUGGGUGGAGUGUUGGCGAUCCGGUCGGAUCAGUACAUGUCUGUGAAUGGAUUUUCGAAUCGGUUUGAGGGAUGGGGCGGUGAGGAUGAUGACUUCGCAGCCAGGAUCGCUGCUAAGAACUUAAAGAUUUUAAGAUAUCCGCGAGAAUUAUCAAGAUACACAAUGCUGGUUCACCGUCAUGAGAAGAAAAACGAAGAGAGAGCGCGCAUCAUGUAUGAGAACAAACACAACUUCAACCACGACGGUCUCAACUCAGUAGAUUAUGUAACUAUCAAUGUCAAGAGAAAUAGGCUAUUCACACUGAUCGGUGUAAAAUUAUGAUCUCUAGAAAGUUAUGUAAGAUUAUUCUUGUUUUUUUUUAUAAAACUGAAGUGACAAACGAAUUUACAGUUCACCUCAUGUGUGGCUAUGCGCAGUCCAUGGACACCUGUGAGGAUUAAGAUGGGCAUGCCUUAAGACCUGUAAUUAUAUACUGUCUCUCUCCACCCUUCAACCUUUCUCUCUUCCUCUACCUAUUUCUGCUGACGAACACAGCUAUUUGUCAGCAUAAAUAGGUAAGAUGGUAGUACCUACUAGACAUGAGUCAAUCGUGAAUGAUUCGUUCGUUUGAACCGCGACAAGUAAAAGCGUAAAAGAAUUGAAGUGACGAUUGCAUUCUUCUGUUUUUUAUGAUCCGGUUCGAUCUAUUACAAACAAUUGACGGAACCUUUUUAACUUGUGAUUGGUGUGAAUUGUGAAUGAGUCGAACACCGACCGAAUGAUUUGAAUAGUAUAUAGUGCACUGGGUACUACUUACGCAGGUGGACUCCAAGGUAGAAAAGAAGUCCUAGAAAAGGAAAUAUUGUGACAACUAAAAAUUUAUAAAUACUUAACAAGUCGAUAUGGAUAAAAAUUGUUUUAGACGCGAACGUACGUGGCAGUCGCGGCAUUAAAACAAUUAAAGACAAAUUUUGUUGUCCAUUAUCCGUGAACAUACACCAAAAGUAUCCAACUUGUUUCGAAAUAUAUCGCAUAAAACAAGUCAAUUACGAGAUGGGCAGCGAAAGUGUUAAAAAAAAACAAUUUACUUAAAAAAUAUUUUAUUUUAAAACUUACAAGAUCGAGCUUGAACGUUCCUGAAGUUGUUCCACUAAUUUCCUGUUUUGUGUAUAUAAUUUACGAACAGAAGUGUAAAAUUUACAAGAAUUACUAAUUUUUCAUUAAUAAUUAUGUACAUAGUCACAGGCAAUAGUAAAUAAUGAAGUUUUAAAGAAAAAAGUAAAAUUGGUUGCAAGUUAGAGUCCGAUACUAUUAUAUCUCAACCUCCCGCUGAAGAGGAGAUUGUGAUUAAAGUUUUAUUACAGACAGAUUGAUAAUAAACAAAAUUGAAGGUACUAUUGCAAUAACCGCAAUGCAGCCAUGGUAAUACAUUAUUGUAAUUACAACAGCCCAUGGUAAUACAUUAUUGUAAUUUUUGCUUAAAAUCAUAAUAAAUAAAGUAGUAGUAUUUUUUAAAGUUGAUUAUAUUUUUUCAUGUAGAAAAUUAAGAAUAGUUUUUUUUUAAAUAAUUGAUUAUUAUAUUCGUACCAAACCAAAUUUUUUUAAAGGCUGUGUUUUUUUAAAUCAUAUUUGACAAUAAGAACAAAUAAAAAUUGUUUCAUCAUAUUAUGAUAAUUAUUAAGUUGAAAUUUUGAUGUGAUGUUUAUGAUAAAAAAAUAUUUAAAAUUUAGACGUUUCCCUUGCUUAAUAUAUGCGAUAAAAUCCGUAAAAAUUAGUUUUAUUUAAAUGUGUGGUGUUCUCGUAAAUAUAAGCAAUUAUUAUUUUACAUGUAUUUUACGUUAUGUUUAAUUUUGAUGUUAGAUGUUCUCAAAGAGUAUAGAUCGCUACGUUUGAUGUUCUCACAAGUGACGCUGUACUACAGCGGUAUCUAAUACAUACCUAGUUAGUCUGUCGUCCGAAAUAUAGAUAUUGUAUCUAUAAAUGUGUGUAUCAUCGUUGCCGUUUACACGUUUUAUAGCCACGACUGCCGCGAGCGUUGGCGUUUCUUUCAAAAUCAAAAAUCUAAGAAAGUGCAAAUGUUCAUGAGCCAAAAACCAUAAAAACUUGGCAUCAAAAAAUAGUAAAAAUGCUUUUACUUUCUCACGCAAACAGACUAUGCUAUAACUAACAACUAUUUCAAAACUACAUUGUAUUAUAGUAAGUACAAAUUUUCAGCUUUUUAUGCCUAAAGAGCUGGUGCCUGAGUUAAACAAGAAUGCCUGAAUAAUAUUCGCUACUUUGUUGACUAGACAAAAUUCUACAAGUGACUGUAUAGUUACAUUGCGUAUUUUAUGUCUUUUCUAUUAGAACUACCACGGCUCAUACGACGCAUGUCAUCAUCAUUACUGUAUUAUAUAUACAUAAAUUUGACUGUAUUUUUUUCUCUUUUUUAUGUGUGUUACCUCAUUACUUUUUUCUACGUGAACCGAUUUUGAUGAUUCUUCUUUUAUUUGAAAGCUGGUGCUUCUCAUGUGGUACCGUAUAAAUUUGAUCAAUAGUUUUUGAGCUAUCGUUAAUAAUUUAUUGGAAGUCUGUUGUACAAAAUUUUUAAUUUUACCACUUGUUGUCAACAAAUUUAGCGAAUAUGCCUGCUAGAAAAACUAUUUAAAAAAGGAAAAGAAAUAUGUCAGUGAUCCUUAUAUAACUAUAUGUUUGAUAGUCCUGAAUUUAGUCAUACUCAUUACCAACACAAUAUGCUUUAUAUUCCGCUAAUUUUGUCUGUGCUUGUCAAUUUGAUUUACAUUUGAUCUCCAAAUUGCAGUUUGCGAGGGUAACGGGGAUCUAUCAGCUCCAGCAAAACACAUUUCUGAUAAAAGUUAUCUAAUUUUAAAAUUUUGUGUCGUCCAAAACGCGUAAUCUCUUUCAAUUAUAUCAAUUUCUAUGCCAUUUGGCGUCCAAAUAACAAAACAGCAAAACUUUCGUUUUGUUAUCAUUAGUUGGCCUUGAGCCUUGAACGAACGACAUAGGCCGCAGAAGACUCAGUCGAAUAAAACUCGAAUAAGCUAGGCUUGAUAUCGAUAUUUAUUUUAGAGUAUCGAAUUCGUAUCAAUUUCGAUAUAUUUUAAAAUGUUGUAUUAAUGACAAAACAUGUAACAACAAAAGGAGCUACAAAAGUAUUCAUGUGUGGUUGGUUGUCGUUUUUUUUUUGUGUCAUCCAACCGUCAGUAAUAUAAAAUUUUAGACCUUAUCUUUACAUCAUGCAAAUGAUGACGAUAUGUCGAUAUAUUUUUCCCUUGCCCAUCCCUAGAAUAAGCGUAAGCCCGCGUUACCGCGCGUUGAAACAUUAUUGCACGAUAAUCCAUAGCAAAACGCGCGCGUAAAAAAAAAUACGUAAAGGCCUUUGGAACAUGGAGUUUUAUGAAAAUACCAUAAUGCACGCUUAAAAUCCAAUUGUGCAUGGAGUACUGCUGUCACAUAUGGACUGGUGCUGCAAAAUGCCACCUGGAAGCAUUGGACUCAGUGGAGAAACGUGCUAAGAGGCUCAUUGGUGACCUUGAUUUGGUUGAAACCAAUCUUGUCAGCCUCGAGCACAGGCGCAGAAUAGCCAGUCUCUCGGUAUUCUAUAGGAUGCAUUUCGGUGAGUGUACGCAGGAAUUACACGCUUUAAUUCCUCCCUCUCCUUUCCACCAUCGGACAACCAGGCGGUCGGCGGGUCUUCAUCCCUUUGUUGUCGAUAUUCCUCGCAUUAGAACCAAACGGUUUGCUUCGUCUUUUGUAAUGCGUACAGCAAAGGAUUGGAAUAAUUUGCCGGCGUCUAUCUUUCCGUCCGAAUACAAUUUGGGCGAUAAGACAAUGCGAUUUACCAUCUAAGGCUGCAUCACCACUUACCACCAGGUGGUAUUGUGGUCAAGCACUGGCUUAUAAUAAGUAAAAAAAAAUCAAUUACAUAUAAAAUUUAUUCAAUUCUUCGAUAAUUGAGCUAUGUCAGUACCGACUUUGUUUUGGAAAUUUUAUACUUCUUUUAUUACUAAUAUACUAUUCUGUUUCUCGCACAGACAAAAUUAAUAAUGAGACAAAACGAUAUCAUGUUUAACUUUGGAUGUACAGUGUCAAACAGCGGAGUAACCCCCCCCCCCCCCCUCCUCCUCCGAAAUUUCUAUGGAAAAAAUGUCAACUAGUGUCACCUUAAGAUGUAUUUUAAGUGAUAUAGUCUGAGUAAUAUUGUCUGUGUUCGCUACUUCUUUAUAAUUUAUAUGUCUGUGAAAUUAACUGGAAAUAUCUUUUUAUUUUCUGUUAAUUACAUCGAUUUAUUGUAUUGAAAAAAUUCGGCUCAUUUUCUUGUCAUAAUGUCUGUAUAAGUUAUAAAAUCAUUGUACUUAAAUAUUUAUAAUAAAAUUAUUGUAUGUAAAAGUUAUUAAGAGUAGUAGUUAUUAAGAGAGACCGUGGUCGACCUCUUAGAAGAUGGAAGGAUGACAUAGAGGCAAUAGCGGGAAACCUGUGGACACGUACUGCUUUUAGCAGACAAAUGGCACGAGAUGGAGGAGGCCUUCAUCCAACAAUGGGUGAUCCCUGAAUAGAAGAUGGUAACCACAUAUUGAACGAACACAUAAAUACUAGCAUAUCCACACAAAACAUACACACAUACACGCGCAAACACACACACACACACACACACACACACACACAGCUAAAGUUGUUAAAAGUGGGAAUAAAGGCCUUUUUAUUUUUUU